UGCAAAAAUGGUCACAUUUCAUGUAGGGAAUGUUGGAUUCGUCAACUAUCUAUUAAAAAGGAAUGCCCAACAUGCAAGGUUAAAACUGACAUGGACAGCCUAUCACGUAAUAUAUUUUUAGAAAAUUCUUUUAGAAAAAAUUUAGUUUACUGUCCUUAUCUCUUCAAAGAGAGCAAAUUUAACAAUGAACUUAUAAAAGAUGAUUCAGGAUGCAGAGCAAAAAUUACAAUCGAAGAAUUUGAAAAUCAUAUUAAUAUUUGUCAAUAUAAAUUUUGUAAUUGUCCAAACAAUGAAACCAAGUGCAAAACCAUAACUAGAAAGAAUUUAACCACAGCCCAUAAUGAGGUUUGUGAAUAUGUAAUAGUUUCUUGUGAUGGAUGUGAAGAACCAAUUGAAAAAUGCGAGCUUCGUAAACAUAAAGAAACUAGCUGCUCUGCUACUAAAGAUAAAUGUACCGUUUGUUUUGAAGACGUUGGCCGUACUCUUUUAAAACAACACAUUGACCAUGAAUGUAAAAAAAUAUUAAUUGAUUGUCUAUAUAAAAACGGUGGAUGCACAGAUCGUUUCGAACGUGGUUUGAUAAACGAACAUUUAUCAAAGUAUAAUAACCAUAUAUUUUUUAUUCAAAAUAUGAUCAACAAAGAAACAAAAUUCGAAGAGAUUUCAAAAGAAUUUAAAAAUAUUUUAGAUAUCAAUGCUCAAUUAGAGAAAAGAAUCAAACAUUUGGAAACUACAAUUUCAUUAAAUAGGGAUAGCAGCUCUGUAAACCUUCAAAAAUAUAUAGGCAAAUGGACCAUAAAUAACUGGGAUCAAAAAGUAGCUACCUAUACAGCAGGAAGAUCCUUUAACUCACCAUACUUUUUUAUUGGUUCUUUCCAAUUUUUUUUAAUGAUCUAUCCAAAUGGCAAUGCUGAUGCAAGAAACCAUGUAUCAAUAUUUCUAUAUAAAAUCUUAGAUAAGCCAACAACUGUCAAAUAUUGUUUAGAAGCCAAAAAUGCAGAUCCAACUAAAAAUUAUAAAAAUUCACAUAUAAACCAUUUUUCAACUAAUAAUGGCAAUGGUUGGUUUAGAUUCAUUGACAACAAAGUAAAUAAUGGUUUUUUCACAAACAAUCAAUUAGUAAUCAAUAUUAAAGUUAAAACUUUACCAACACAAGAAAAUAUCGAAACAAACUAG